AUGACCUGCCGCUUCAUCGUGAUCUCGUGGGCCACCGUGCGGCCGCUGCCCGCACGGUCAAAGCACGCCUGCGCCUGCCCGAGAUACCACCACGCGCGGCCCAUGUGCUGCUUCAUGCGCAUCGGCCAGCGACUGGUACAGCAGCGCCGACGUCUCGGCAUGGCCUGUCUCGAGCGACCGCGGCAGGGCGAGGCCCAGGAGCGUGCGGGCGGCGCGGAACUCGCCCUCGGCGACCAGGAGCCGCGCGACGGCGCCGACGGUCUCCCACAGCAACACAUGGUAGCGGCGGCGCAGGCAGGCCUGGAGGGUGUGCAGCAGCAGGGUGACGGCACGCAGGCCGCGGCCGGCGCUGGCGUACAAGGCGGCGCGGGCCAGGGCGAUUUGCAGCAGCACGUGCAGGUCGCCGACGCCCUUGUCGUAGGCGGCCUCGAAGCGGUCGAGGGCGUCGCGGGCGGCGACCAGGGAGCCGCCGCCGCCGGUGUCAUGACCAGGCCCCCCAAGAAUGCCAGUGCCGGUACGAUCCGCAUCGUCGCUGGCCGCCGCGUCGCUGCCGUCGCUGCCGUCGCCGGCCCGCCGGGUAAGGGAGGCGACGUGGAGGAGGGCGACUUGGGCGGCCAGGUCCGGGUCCAUCUGCGACGGCCCUUGGGCCUGGCGGUCGACGCGGGUGGGCGCGCACGACGGGUAGCCGGCCGUGGGCAGGCGGCGCAGCAGCAAGUCCUCGGCCUCGUCGAACUGGUGCGAGCGCACGGCCCGGAGCGCGGCCACGUAGGUCAGGACGUGGCGCACCAUGCCCUGCGGCUUGAGCGACGUCAGCCCCUCGGGGUUCAGCUGGUCCAGCACUGCCUUGGCGUGGGCAAACUGGCCGCUCUGGGCGUACUGCAGGGCGAGGCGCGAGGCGACGCGCACGGCGUCGUCAAAGGGCACGCUGUCGUGGCGCGUGCGCAUAAAGGCGCGGCCGUGCACGACGGCCAGGGGCCCGUGGCCCAUGCGGUCCCAGAAGAGCAUGCGCGUGCUCGUCAGCUGGCCCUCGAGCGUGGCCUCGCCGUGCUGGACGAUGCGGCGGCUGGCCUGGUGCAGGCACGUCUUGGCGAAGAGGGGCGGGCGGCCGUCGCCGAUGGCGACACGCGCCUCGAGCAGCGUGGCCAGCGCGUGGUGGCCGUGGAACUGGGAGGCGUCGGCGUCGUCGCGGACGUAGGGCAGCACCUGGCGGCCGUCGGUGGCCUCGCCGGCCAGGCCCUGCAGCUGGUGCGGGCGGAUGUGGCGCGGCAGCACGCGGGCGUACAUGUAGAGCCACAGCAGCGAGAAGCGCAGCGAGUUGUAGUCGCGGGCCUCGCGGCCGGCGUGCACGGCGUCGAGCAUGCUCAGCAGGUCGUUGGAGUGCUCGCCAAAGUCGCGCUGGAUGACGCCCUUGUUCAUGGGGCCGACGUUGUAGCCGAAGGCGGCGCCGACGCCCUGGCGCGACACGAGGUCAAAGUAGCGGUGCAGCUGGUCGUAGGCCGUGUUGAUGUCGCCCAUGCGCCAGGCGUCGAGCAGCCGGUAGAAGGUGGCCUGGGACGGGAUGGGCGUGGCGCUCCGGAUCACCGCGUCGGCGGCGUCCCGCAGGACCGGCGUGGGCCGGAAGCCGAUGCGCUCGCGCUCAAUCAGCAUCGUGACCAGCUUCUCCGUCUCGUCGUGGCUCGCCGACACGGCCGCGUCCUUGAGCAUGCGGUCAAACACGACGCGCGCCACGGCGUCCGUGCCCGCGGCGCCCCAGUCGGCCUGGCCCUGCGUCAGGACGGCGUCAAACAGCAGGUCGUCGACGCCAAAGUCGUGCGGCCACAGGAUCUUGAAGUCGGUCCGCGUCGGGUUGCGGUAGCGCACAAAGUCCUCCCACAGCGCGCAGCGGUGCGCAAACGACAGCUGCUGGAACUCGCUGCACGCCUGGUAGACCAUGAGGCCGACGGGCGAGCGGCGGUCCAGCAGCAGCAGAUCGUCCGGCGGGUCCUCGAUGCCCAGGUCGCGGUGGGCCCGCAGCUCCGCGUAGGUGGGCGCAAUGUACAUGGCCAGCUGCUCAAAAAAAGCCCCCAAGUCGUCCAGCGCCGUCAGCCGCAGCCAGAGCCGCGCGACCAGGUCGUCCCAGAGCGUCGCGCACAGCGGCACGUCGGUGCCCGGCGGGGCAAACGCAAUAAAACAGCGCUGCAGGGCCGGCCGCAGGCUGUGGAGGUGGCCGAGCAGGUCGACGCUCAGAAAGGCACGCUGCCAGCGUGCAAGAUAGCGCUGCCGCUGGUUGGUGGGCCGGGCGUAGGUGUCGGUGACGUAGCAGGUGAUGAGCUCGAGGAUAAAGUCGUCGUCCUUGUCGCGGAUGGCCUCGCUGCAGUACAUGUCGACCAGCGUCAGCAGGGCAAUCCGCCCGGGCGAUAUGAAGCGACGCAUCGUGGGCAGCUGGCUGUGGAUGAGAAUUGA